UCGUGGCCUGGACGGUUAGGUCCUCGAGCCAUGAAAUCGAGGGUUAGACAACUUUGAGGCCGUGUCAAUCAAUAGUUUUCAGUUUGAAUUGUAACGUAAACGUUUGUUUAGAUUAUGACGACCAAAACCGACCAGCCCAUUCCGUGGAAAACGACAAUCAUUGCCAGUUCAUCACUUCAGAACCACGAUGUGAUAGCGACACUGAAAGGACAGCAACAUCUCAUCAGAUUUUCAGACAGCGUCGAAUGUGGCGCCUUCAUUUUCCCGCUAUCAGGAAUUGCAUUUUUGUUGGUGUGCCUGGAUGAACUGCCUGAAAAUGUAAAUGAGACCGGACUUUUUGAAAAGAUAACAAACUUUAUCAAAGUCCAUCGGAACAGCUUCCUACUUCUCUAUGCGCCAUUUAACGGGAAGAGAGAACUGGAAAUCUUAUCAGAUAUUCAACAGAGAUUCUUUGCCAGCAACCUGAGAAUUCUUCCUGUGCGGAACAAUGGUGACAUCAUCAAAGGAAUGUUGACCAUCUCUAAGGCCACCAGCAAGCCCAAUGUGGACACCAUUCGAGACCGUCUGUCUUUGGCCAGAGCCCACAUCAUUGAACGCAGCCCAGUGUGGCAGAUGCUUAAAGAUGUGAAACUGGGGUAACAAAUAUAACAAGAGUUCUAAUGUCAAGUUCAGUCAUAAGACAAAA